AUGCCGCUCGACAGAAUCAUCACGGAUCCAAUCAUAUCGACAGAGAACACAGCGUUCUCUCCAUCGCGCUCACGACCCCCAGUUGACCACUACCCCACCUCGGCGUUGGAACCCACGGCACCAACGGAACGUGACCCAUUGAUUGCGACUACGCCGAAAGUCAAGAAGCCAUUCUAUCGCGCCCGUCCAUUAUGGUUGGUACCAUUUGCACUAAUUGCAUCUCUUACUCGCGGCAUGACGCUGGCGUCCCGUGUAGAAGUCUUCACAGAAUUAUCAUGCAACAAUCUACACGAACCCUAUAAUCAUACUCGCGCGUCACCGAGUCUCAUUCCUCUUGCGUCAAGCCGUUAUGCGGUGGACCUCGGAGAGCCCUAUUUAAUCUCCGUGCGCCUUCCGUCAUUACCCGUUCACACUUUAGAGGAGAACGACGACGGUGAUGACGGUGAUGAUCCCCGCGUGAUACCAGGUAAAAAGUGUGUUUCAGAUCCUGCCGUCCAGGCGGGUGCUGCGCGCCUGCAGACCAUCAUGACCACAACGAUGGGUGCCCUCUCUGCUCUUACAACGGGCUGGUGGGGCCAGUUCGGAGAACGACACGGCCGUGCACGCGUCCUUGCUAUCGCCACCUUCGGACUCUUCCUUACAGACCUCACGUUUAUUCUUGUAUCUACACCUCACAGUCUCCUAGCCGUUCACUCCCAUAAGUUGCUUAUUCUUGCCCCUAUAAUUGAGGGCUCUCUGGGAGGAUGGUCGACCUUGGCCGGUGCUAAUACGGCUUACAUUGCUGAUUGCACAUCUCCUGGUUCGCGUGCGACUAUUUUUGCCCGUUUCUCUGGCGUCCUGUUUAUCGGACUUGCUCUCGGCCCCAUAAUUGGUGCAUGGUUGAUUAGGAAUCCAAUUCCUUUCCUGAGAGCUGGAAACAUCGACCAUCCGCUACAAAGUGUAACGUCAGUUUUCUGGGUAGCGAUUGCUUGCUCUUUCGUCAAUUUGCUUUUGGUAUUAUUUGUGAUCCCCGAGUCACUUCCCGCUUCUCGUCGAGCAUUAAAUAGGAAAGGCAAGGCUCGAGCUGUUGAGAGUGACCCGGACUUCCCUAGCAGCAAGGUCGAGGAUUCCUCCCAAGGAUGGGCAGCAACCCGCAUCAUCCGAAGCUUCCUAUCACCCCUCGCUGUCUUCCUCCCGACCCAUGUUCCUGUAGCUGCCAGUGCCACUGGUGACUCACUCGUGCCCUCUCGCACACGGAAUGACUGGAGUCUGACAUUCAUCGGCCUCUCGGUCUUCUUGCACAUGCUGGCGUCAGGGAUCUUCCAGCUCAAGUAUCUAUACGCUGAGCAUAUCUAUAACUGGGCAGCUGAACAACUAAGUUACUAUAUUUCCUUCAUGGGAGCUUGCCGUGCUUGGCAUUUACUCCUCUUCCUACCAUUCCUUCUUUCAAAGUUCAAGCCUGUUUGCGCCGCAGUUUCCUCCAUCACUACACCCGCAAAUCCUGCGGCCCCCAAGUCAAAGCCCAAGCCCACAAAGUCUCAUCUAUUCAGCGAAAUGCAAUUUGAUCUUCGCGUAGUGCGGUACUCCAUGUUUAUCGACUUCCUUUCGCAUGCACUGGUCGUCAUUGCACCUCUGCCUUCCCGCGCCGUGAAUGAAGCUUGGUGGUCGCAGUUCAUGUUUGUCGGCGCAACAUCGCUUGCAUGCGCUGGUGCAGGAGUAAUGCCUGGCGUGCAGAGCCUCGCAUUGUGCACCCUCCAGGGUCGUGCGCUUGUUACUAAGGAAGUUGCUGUCCGUGCAGGGGAGGCUCAGGAGCAUGAUGAUGAUGUCGAGUUGGAGCCUGGCAAGCUUUUUGGCGCCCUCGCUGUCCUGCAAGCCGUUGGGCAGACUAUUCUUGGGCCCAUGUUAUUUGGUGUCAUCUACAGCAGCACCGUAGCCUCCUUUCCAAAGGCUAUGUUCGCAACGGCCGGUGGCCUAGUACUGCUAUCCAUUGCGCUCACCAUCCUCAUCAGGCCAGAUGUCAGUCUCUCCGUAAUGAAACGCAAGAAAGUCCAGGCAAAAGGCAAAACUGUCGUUCGUCCUCAUGGUGUGAAGCCAAAACGGAGACACCAGGAAGAGAACCGCGGUCGCUCACGGGUGAGCAAGGAUCUGAGGGGCGGCGCCGCACGAGCAGAGUAUGAAUAUGAUGUUUCGAGGCUUGACGUUAGUGAGGCUAGCGGUUCGGGUUCGGGCUCAUCAAUUUGA